AUGAUGAUCACAAGAGCUCCUGCUAAAGUUAUGGAUCGAGCAUUCUUCCUCGUUUUGAUCCUGGCAGUGAUUGAUUGGAGCCUGGAAGAGCACCUCACUCCGGAUUUCUACCAGGAUUCCUGUCCCAAUCUCGAGACCACAGUGCGAGAGACCGGCUGCGAUGCUUCAAUCCUCCUGGACGACGUUCCUCCCAGGCUGGGCGAGAAGAGCGCUCCUCCAAACUCAAACUUUUUUCGAGCUUACGAAGUCAUCGACGACGUGAAGUUCCAACUGGAGCAAAUCUGCGACGGCGUGGUUUCCUGCGCUGAUCUCUUGGCUCUAGCUGCAAGAGAAGCCGUCAUAGCGGACAUACCUUUCGCCAACGCCACCACCCAAGAGCUCAUCACAAGGUUUGAGAACAAAGGCCUGUCCGUGGAAGAAAUGGUAGCUCUCUCGGGAGCUCACACAAUCGGCCAGACACGCUGCGCGGUCGUCAAGGAUCGCCUCUACGACUUCAUGGGAACGGGGCAGCCGGAUCCAGCGUUGGACAAGGAUUUGCUCCAAUCCCUCCGUGAAUCCUGCCCGGACACGCCCUCAAGCGAUGAGAAUUUCUCCCCUCUCGACUCCCAGACCCCUCUCCGAUUCGACAAUGCCUACUUCACGGACCUGAGGAGCGGCCGCGGUGUCCUCCGCUCGGAUCAAGUGCUCUACUCCACGCCUGGCGCCACCAAGAGCGCCGUCCAUCUCUAUAGCGGCGAUUCAAGCCAGUUCUUCGAGGAUUUCGGGAGAGCGAUGAUCAAGCUAGGCGGAUUGACGCCGCUAACAGGGAAGGAGGGCGAAAUCCGACGCUCCUGUCGAUUCCCAAACCGGUGGAUCUGA